UACAUUUCUGACUUUUUUCCUUCAGUGAUGUCAUCUAUUAAGACACUUCUACUUCCCUUUCACAAGAACCCUAUUACAACACUUAUCAGCUGCCGAUUUUAAACGAAAACAGUCCCAUCCUCAGCGUAGAAGUGUAGUAAAGACGGUCUCAGCGGAGCAGACGCCCUCCUAACAGCUCUCAUACAGGACUGCAGCAGGACUUUACACAUCUGUUCAGGAUGAUCAGACCUCCACAGGACGACAUCGAGGAAAUGGAGGAAGAAGCAGCAGCUAACUAUGUUAAUGCUCCAGCACGCACUGGGAAGAAAAUGGCCGCUUGUCCAGGCCAGAGGUCUCGCUGCUUCUCUCAGUCUUUUCUACCCAUAGCAGUGUGUUGGCUGAUACUGUUGGUCAUCAUGGGCCUCCGUAUCUACUUUACCAAUCGCAUCCUCAACAACAUACUCAGCGUCUCAGAAAACCCGAUCACAGAGCUGGAGACUGAGAGGAACAACUUAACAGGACCAAUACGAAACAUCAGUCGAGCUCAGUGGAGCAUCGAUGAAUACUGCCCCAAAGAACAGAACGAGAGACGGUGUAGUCCUUGUCAGAAGGGAUGGAGACUCAUCAGGUCCAGCUGCUAUCUGUUUGCUGAUCCUUCUGAUCGGAAAACCUGGGAAGAAGCUCGAGAAGACUGCAGAGCACGGAGUUCAGAUUUGGUUGUUGUACAUGAUGAAGAUGAAGAGGAUGUACUCCGUUUUUACAACAAGACCAGACCCUGGAUUGGUCUGAGAGCUGAAGGAGGGAGAUGGAAGUGGAUCGAUGGAAGUGAUCUGACUGAAAGUGUCAGCGGAUGGUUAGAAGUCCAACCUCCUACUGAUGGUCGGUGUGUAAUUUCUGUACGUGUGUUCAGAUGGACAUCAGAGAGCUGUGCGGUCAGAAAGCCAUGGAUCUGCCAGAAGAAGUCUUUAUCUGUUUAACCCCUGCAGUCAGACCUGAGAAGGUUACUGGAUGCUCUGCAUGAUAAUAUCAUCUGGCUUCAUACAUAUCUAACUAUGAAAAGCUCUACUUAAGAAUAUAAAGGAAUUUCUUUUAAAAAAGAAAUAGGCAUUUUAUUUAGUUAGCUGUAUAAAAAGAGAAAACAAACAUUCAUGAAUGAAUUACUUUGAGAGCUGUGUGUGUGUAAAUGUAAUAAAUAGGGAAAUUAGGUAUGAUAGUAAACUAUUAACUAUUAAUAACCUUUGUUAGAGAUGAUUAUAAUCUGUAUAUCAGCAGAUUGAUGAGAGGUGCAGACAGACUGCUCAGCUUCCUGUUUCCUGUGUCACAGCUUAUAUUGUUGCUGCUCAUGAGCCAAAAUAGAG